GUUGUUUUAUACGUGAAUAAACCUUAGCUUGUGUUGUCGGUUCCGCGCUUUGAAUGUGGCUUCUAAUCAAAGACGUCGAACGAGGGAAAAGCUCGCGGUCAGAAAAUAAAGGUAACAUGGAAUUUUAAAUAUUUAUCGAACUUGAAAUUAAAAUUUCCAUGGAAAUCAUCACAAAAUUAUUUCUUUUUCCACUUGCAGGCCUUGUGCUCACCACGGGUGUGCAACAUGUGGUUGGAAGAAAAGGUACUCAACUCUUAAAAUUAUAGUCAAGUUUCUGGGCCCGGCCAAUCAAAGCGAUAUUUAUCAACUUCUCCCGUAGUCCUGCAGCGCGCAGUGAUCAAGUAAGCAGCCUGUUUUCAGUUGGCCUUUUCAGUUUUCUGUUGGAGGGCAUGUCCUGUAGGCAGCAAAUCUUAUAUGCACUUCAGGGGCGUAGCUAGCAUUUUUGCAUGGAGGGGUUGCUAAUGUGGUACUUUUGUCUACAAUACUCGUCACAAAUCUUGAAACACUUGUGUGAUUUUCCCCUCCCCAAUGUUGAUUUAGGUAUUGCAGUCAUCUCGAUCAGUGCUCCAAAAUACACGUGGCUCAACAUUGGGGAAGGAAAGGGGGCACAUUUGAGUGAGAACAAAGGUGUGAAGAGUAAAUGUACGAAAUUUGGAGAAAAUUUAAGACAAAUUGCUUCCGUUUCAUCGAUUUGUCACAAGGAUUGUAGAUUGACUAUAUGGCCUGCGGAAGGCAUAGGGUAUAAGGCAUUCUCCCCGGGAAAACUUUAAUACUUAAGGUCCUCAGAAAUUCCGUUUUGUGAUUCUAAGCACAAAUUUCCAAUAACAGUUACAAAUGGCAUUUUUUUGCUUUCAGUGAAGAGAUAGUGUGAUAGACUUUAAAACGUAUAUAUGUUAAUAAUUGUUGAAUACAUCAGUUAAAAACACACAUUGUAGUCUUGUGACUUUCCGUUUACUCAGCUAAUAUAUUAGGGAGCUUAAGCAACAAUGACAGUGAUGGCAACAUAAACGGCGAAAAAACCAAUAGGUUUAGAUUGGCAAAGUAACAACUUUGCACAUGCAUCAUGCUUUUUUGUACAUUUCUUAGCCGUUGUUGCACGACUACAAUGUAAAAGAGCCUAAUUUCACGUUUUUUCAAGGAGUGGAACACAAGACAACAACUUUCCUUUUCUUUUCCUGAACUUUGAUACAGUCCUUUAGAAUUAAACUCCAAAUUUGAUGAAUUAAACGAGAUGGAAUAAGGGCAAUAAAGUUUGAAGCGGUGCAAAUUCACUUUUUAAGUGCCGUUUUGUUAGGCUUCUGCCUUCAUUGUUGCUUAAGUUCCCUAUUAGCAAGAAGGAGAGGUCAUGGAUGCUUCCAUGCAAAGGUGUCGGUUGUUAGACUUAAGCCAAUUUGCGUAAUGCAUUGUGCGGAUUCUCGCUCAUUAGUCAUGGUCACUGCCAAGUUCUUUUUAAGUAUGCACAAUGUGCUAUGCCAUCGCUCAUGUUCUGCUUAUGUAAUUUGUAAUGUACUUGAAAAAUACAUAUGUUUCAGUGAAAAAUAGUGAUGAAUUACAGUGACCUUGUUUAUUGCUUAGACCGACUAAGAUGUCUCUGGUGUUUAAUAAGAAAAUAUAUGCCACUGCAUGCCACCAUUAAUAUUGUACCAUUGUUACUUAAUUAGUUACAUGAGAAGGAAAAUGUUACUAUAAUCUCAUUUGAUUUUAGCUGUUUGUCAUUUGCCAGUCCUUUUUUACCUGGAUCUGGCCUGGGGAGAUUAGCAGGUUUGAGGAAAAGAAUCUUUAAUGAAGCCUAUCUAGUCUGAGUUGUUACCGUGCAGUAGAAAAGACGUGUAUGACCUUGUCACUUUUCUUUGGACUGUUAACAUUCUUUGAUUAAAACACAAACUGAAAUCCUUUUUUUGUAGACUGCCGAAUAUUGAUACAUGAUGAUGCUUCUAUUAGUCGGAAACACAGUGUCAUAACUGUUCAACAUGACCAGGCCAAUCUGGUAUGUGUGAUAUAGAAAAAAACUACAUCAAGUUAAAGUUGCAUAACCCAGAUAGAGUGAAAAAGUACAGUAAGCAUAAAUUAAUGUAUUAAUAUUGUUGGUACUGUAUUUAUUUGUUGAUGAUUAUUUGAGAGUAAGAAACAUGUAUCAGAAUUUCAGAUUUUAAACAUGAGAAUUUGGGGAUUAUUAACAUUCCCAUUUUGUCAUCCAAUCUUCAUGUUGACUUUGAAAAUCAUCAUAAGUUAAGUCAAAUUUAAAAAUAUUAUGUAAUACGUUUUAUUAGAAAAUAAAUAUUCAGGAAAAAAAUAAUAUGAGAAGUAAAAAGAUACAUUUAAUUAUCUGCUUGGAAUUCCCAAAAACCCUAAAAAAUACUCUAUUUUCAAAGUUUCUGUAAUCUUUUUGGAGAAUUAAUUCAGAAAAUAUCCUUGUACACUGUAAGCCUUCCAAAUGCCCUACCAAGGGGAAACGAUUAUUACUGAUUUUGGUAGGUGUGUUGUAGUUCAAUUUUCCUCAGAUAAAUUUUAUCUUUCUGUUGUCUUGGGUAUGCCAAUGUCUAAUUAAUAAAUGAGAGGUCUUUAAUAGUCAGUACUCUUCAAAAUAAUUUUCUUGGCAGUGACUUGAUUGAUGGUAUUUUGGAAAGUCAAGUCACUAAGGAGAGGAGGUCAGGUACAGAUAUUUUAAAAAAUCUUGUGGGUCUUUUGUAGGGUGAUCCUUGUCAAGUGUCGCAAGUAUUUCUUGAAGACUUCUCUAAGUAUGGGACUUUUAUAAAUGGCAUUAGAAUCACUGGGACAGUUAAUGUGAAGAGUGGUGAUGAAUUAUUAUUUGGAAAAAACAACAGUCUCUACAGGUAACUAUUUCGUGUAAAGUGAUCACUGUCAAAUUCCAGUUUAACUCAAAACAAUAAUCACAGGUAAGGAACAUUUUUGUAAAGCAAGGUGUAAAGUAAUGAUUUUGUUUGUCUCAAGAUUAUCCACAAAUAAUUUUUUCAUUACUUAUGCUACAAUACCUUUUAACCCUUUAAACCCUAAGACCAAAAUUGGUAUUCUCAUUUGUUCCCCCUGUUCAUUUCCUAAAGAAGAAGUGGGGAGAAGUUGAUAAAAUAUUGAGAAAAUUCAUCUUGUGUGACUAUGUCCAUAAUUCUCAUGACCACUCUGUUUUACAAAGCAUUGAUAUUACAAGGAGAAAUUUGAUGCUGGAAUACUCUUCUAAAGGGCUUAAUGGGCAAUGUAUGAUUUUCAGGUUGCAAUAUAUUCCCUUGGUUGUUGUCACCUCUUGUCUUGAUGAGAAAAAGAAAAAUACGCUCAAGGGUCAUGUUCUUCAACUUGGUAUGUAAGCUAUUGAGCUGUUAUUUUAUUUCUGGCCACUAUGUUAGCUCAGAGAAGGGGUGGUAGGUAGUGAGACAGUAGUCCUUAAAGAGGAGCUACAUGGAUCAGCAGUCUACUUCAAAACUAAAACGUUUGCAGCAGUAGUAAUAGUAUUGAGGAGUGUUGACCACUGUUAUAACUGAAUACAUGCAGGAAUUUCCCAUUUCACAAGUUCUAUUUUGUGAGAGUUGGGAGGCUUAACGAAAUCCAUCAACUUCUUAUUUUUCUUGUCAAAGGGUUUUCUAUUUCCGUUUGGGAGUUCUAAUAUAGGUCUAACCUCUCAACUUCCUUUUCAAGAUGUCUUUUAUUAUUAUGUUUUUCCUGUAAAUAAGCUUGUUUACAUCUUGAAUAAAGUUAGUAUAUAUGUAUGUAACUAUGGCUAGUAAUAAUAUAAUAAUUUUAUUAUUAUUACUAGUACUAUACCAGAAACUGUCUAAUUAUAUUUUUGUGCAGAGAAUUCUUAUUUUCGAUUUUGUAUCUAUUUUGGGGAUGGGGAAAGGGUGGGAAUCCUCAGUGGCUGAAUCAUAUUGUCCUAUGACAUACAAAUGAAUGUUAGACAUUGCAACCAACAGCAACAACUACAUCGUUAAGAUAAGCGCACUAACUUUACCUUAACAAGAAAAAAGAGGCAAGGGAUGGGAAAGAGGGGCUACUUUCAUCUUGAAAGAGAAGCUUAUUAUUUGCAGCUUUAACAAUACAAAAUAUAUGAUAACCUACACUGUCCUAAAUACUGUUAUGCCUAUGUAUGUGCUAGGUGGUCAUAUGAUCAAUGACUGGAGGGCAAACACUGUAACUCACCUGGUAAUGGAUGAACUGACAUUUACUAUAAAAGUAAGCACACUGCAGUUAUGUACUUACCGUCAAACUAUUAACAAAAUGGUGAAUCCCUUGAAUAAUCCAAGAUUGUUGUUUAUGUUAUGGCUAACUACCCAACACCACAUAUCAGACAUGAUACUGUGAAACCUUGGAGUUGAGAUAUCUCACACUUGAUAAUUGGAUUUCUUUUAAAUUUCCCAACACAAUAAUCUUUCCAAAAACAUUGCUGCUGUUCACAGUUUCCAUAGGUCAUUGCUGUUAUACUGCUGUGUUGAUUGCUUGUGCAGCAGAAAUAUAAAAGGGUGUUAACAGUGGGUUUGGCAAUGAAACAAUCCUAAACAUUAAUACGGUAAAUCCUCUAUUAAGCCCCCCAUCUCAAAUAAGCCCCCUUCCCCUAAUAAACCAACCCCUCCCCACCCACACACAUACACCCUAAACCACCGCCCACCAACAUACCAAAAAUAAAAAGGGGUUAAAAGGGGGUUUUGGAAAAAAACAAUCCUAAAAAUUAAUACCGUACAUCCCCUAUUAAGCCCCCCCCCUCAAAUAAGCCCCCCUCCCCCCAAAAACCCCCCCCCUUUCAGGGAGAAAAAAAACAAGAAGCCCCCCCCCCUAUUAAGCCCCCCCCCCCCCGUUCCCUCCCCUUAUUAUUCUUCACUAAUAAAUUAUAGACUGUAUUAAUCAAUCACGACCAUUUAACUUCAUGUGAACUAAUCUAGGAUAGUUUAUUUACCAACUGGAAGUUUGGAAUUGUUUUUGAUCCUUAGCUGUAUGACCUCCAACCUUCUUGUACUUGAGCUUAUCCACUUUGUAUUCUAGGUCUUAAACUGCCUGUCUCUAUUAAGCCCCCCUCACAUGGGCUUGAAAUAAAUAAGCCCCCCCCUGGGGGUGGGCUUAAUAGAGGAUUACCGGUGAUGCAAUGUUGAUUGCAGUUGUGUAUUUUCACGGGAAAACAUUCCUUAAAUAUAUUUUAGUUGACUCAAUUCAUAAGCGGUGUAGCUGUGUUGGGGCAUAAAACCUGAGACAUAUGACAUGUUUUUGACCAGUUGUUACAGCCAACAGAUACUUUAAGGUCCUAUGGUAACAGCUGAUUUGGUACUUUUGAAUUGUCUGUUAAUUUAUCUUUUUUUGCCUAACUGUUUGGCAGGUGAUUCAUGCUUUAGCUGAGUGUUGUCCAAUUGUCACACCAUCCUAUUUUGAUGACAUUAUAAAUUCUACUAACGCAGGUCCAGCUCCUCUCCCUGUGGAAAGGUAUGGCUACAGAGACAAUUUUUUUUUUCAUGAAUUAUAAUUCCAUAAUUUCACUGAAACUUUUUUUUAUGAUUUGUAGCAGCUACCUUCCACCCCUGAAGGAAGAGACUAUUAGUUCUCAAGGUGCAAGUUUUCUUCCCAGAGAAACCAGAAAAUCUUUGUUUCACGGAAAAACCUUCAUCUUUAUCAGUAAAAAGCAGGUUAGCAGCUAGACUGUUGUUUAUAACUAGUGUCUUACAUAAGGUGAUGUUGCCUUAAAAAAACCUCUCAAAUGGCGAUGCUAAAAAAAUUGUAUUUUCUACAUAGUGUUUGCACACAUGCAGGUACAUACAGGAUUGUUAUCUCACUUAUUACAACAUUAUUUUUAGUACAAACGGUUGCAGCAUGCAGUUGGCUCAAGUGGUGGCAUUGUUUUAUUGAGGGAUAUACCUGGAAGUGAGAGUGAUGAUGGUCUGGUAUCUAAAGAUGUUUGUGUUAUGAUGAUGGAUAGUAAAGAACAAAACUCAUUGCCAACAGAGUCUCAAAAGUGGGUCUUACAUGUAGUUGAAGCAUUGAGAAGGUUUGUGCAUAGGUUCAUUACUUUGCUGUGAAUUACAUAUGCAACUUUCUUUACCUAACCAAACAGUACAUUGAAGACUUUUUUCAGUAUCUGAAGUAUCAAAAGUGAAAUGUUUUGACAGUAAUUAUCAUCAUCAUCAGUAGUUUAAGAGAAAGCAGGAACAGUGGAUCAGCAAAUUAUGAGACUAAAAUGUAUUUGUUAAGCGAUUUUUCUAAAUACUUUAUCAGAAAGCAUUAUUUUAUUUAGAACUGUUGUUGAAACUUAUUAGAAAUGAGACCCAGAUUUUAAUAGAAACAAAGUUGUUAGAAAUGUACUACAAUAGAAAAAUGCCAUAUGACCUGCUUCAUGACUUUGUGCAACUAACAUAAUCAAACCAAAUGUUUUGGGUAACAAAAGACUUUAAUAUUUCUUUGAUAGACAUGGAUGUCGUCCUAUCCCAGAGUCUGAGAUUGGCUUAGCUUUGCUAUUUGUGUCAUUGGACAAGUAUUGUAAUCCAAGUAUUACUGCUGGUUUGUAUACAGUGUUUCAUCAUUUGACUGUGACAACAGUUCCUCUGUUAAGGUUAUGUGUACAAGCAGCUGUCCUGACACACAAAUUGUAAAUAUUUCUUCCUUCAUACUAGUUCCAACAUUAACGCAAAAUCUUGUCAGCCAGUCUUUCCAAGCUGCAGAUAUUAUGUCACAACAGAUGGUAGCCAAUUAUCCAAAGGUAAUUUCAGUUGGUUUUAUUUUUGCUCUUCACUUUUUACUAGGGACCUACCAUAGUAGACACCUUUGAAUUUGAAAUUUCUUUUUCAUUGAACAUUUUUGUUUGUCAUGUGAGUUUGAAGUGAAGCAACAGGCUAAGUGGUUAGAGUGCUAGAUUUGCUAGCCUGAGACCAGGCUCUGCAAUGAGGGAAAAAAGGGAAAAAAGGAGGUGAUAGGGUUAGGGUUAGCAAAAAAAAAUUGGUGAACAAAGCGAACCAUCCCCCAGACUCCCGGGUUUUUUCGCUUUUUCCCCCACUGUGGAGCCUGGUCCAAUCCCAGACUAUAGAUUUGUGAUCCGGCAACCUUAAGUUUAACUCCCACCCUGACAGCUAGCUAGAUUUCUUCUUGGUAGUCCCAAGUUCAAAUCCUCAAUCAACCUCGCAAAUAGCCAACUGGUUUGCCUCCACCCUGUCAGGACUAUAAACCCUGUUAUAAUUAUUGUUUGCUUGUCCUUGCUAGUCACUAAGUUAUAAAUACUGUCAAGGGUAAAAAAUGGGAUAGUAGUUUUACUAUUUUAAAUGGUAGUAAAAAAUUAUAAAUACCAUAGGGUGAAAAACUGGCCACACUGUAUGCAUAGCAUAACCUGUGGGCUAUAUCUAAAAUCUGGAAAACUCCUUGAAAUGUACAUAUUAUGUAUAACCAAUUUUUUGGCAGCCCCAAGUUCAAGUCCCACCCUGACUGCUAUUAUCAUCAUUAUGUAUCAUUAUCAUUAUCAUAAUUAUGGUUUAUUAUUACGUAUUGAGUGGUGUCUACAUGGAGGUAGCUAAUUGUAGACAGUAAUGGAAGCCGGUGAAGCUGUGAAGGUUGAUGAUGAUCAGGUAAAAGGUCUGAUGUCUCAGUCACACUCAUCUCCAUAACUAUUCAGAAAACCUCAGGUAUUGGUUUGCUGAUAUCAUUUGAGCAGACAGGGCAUUGUUGGGCUAGUUGUUUAUUCCCAGGGACAUUUGAGUUACAUGUUCCCUGGUAAACAUCUUUAACAGUGUGUGCAUUUGGUUGAUCAUGUGGCCUUUUGUUAAAUGCUCAUGUCAAGUGAUGGAUUGGGUUAUUACCUGGGACACUCCAUGAUCGCAGUGCAGAUAUCUGAAACCUUCAAAAGCUUUGUUAUGUUUGCUGGUAUUUUUUUGGUAGAAAUAUAUCAGUGACUGGGAUUUUCUCUUUCUUUCUUUCGUUUUGAAAGUUCAAAAAACCAAUCACACCUGUGAAGCAUGUCAGACAGGACAAGAGUGAAAGUGUUAGUUCUGUGAAAGAAACUGGCCUGGCCAGCACAACUGUCCACAACUCCUUGAAGACUAAAAGGUACAGUGUAUGUAUGCGUUGUACUAACGGUUGCCGGUCGUUUUGAUACAAGUUGUUUCGAUACGGGUUUUUUGUAUUGAGUACUUUGCUUAAAGAACAAAGGAUAUUCACCCAAAAUGUUUCUCUUGUUUGCAUGCAAACUAUCCUCAAAGUAAUCGAAAUUUUUGUGCAAUUUCACUGCUUCGGUUUGUAUCAAAACGACCGCUUAAUGUAGUAACAUUGGAAACCGGUCGUUCCAAUACAUGUCUUAGAGACAAGGAUUGAUAAACUGCACACAAAUUUUGAUCAUUUAACUUUUCCAAACUUUUAUUAUUAUCACUCUCUUAAGUUGGUAAUUAUUAUCAUGGUUAUUGCAGAUGCAGCACAAGCACAAGUGAGCCGGAUGUUAUGAAUGAAUCUCUUCCUGAAAGCCAAACUGACAAUCAAGAAAGACCACCAUCAACUAAGAGAAGGAAGCUACUUGAGCCUGAACAGGCGCCUAUAGGACGGUCAGCAGAAACAGCCCUGGUGCCAGAUUCAGUAGAUAUUAACAAAUCAACAGAUGAAACUCUCAGUAACCUUCAGCUCAAACUUACUGUGGCGGACAGUUUGGUUGCCGAUAGCUUAGAGAUCAAGGAUGGCACUGAUUGUGAAAAUGAUGAAGAACAAAAAGGAACUGAACAUAUUGGACAUGAAAUGAUCGCUGCAAUUAAAACGGAAAACAUUCCUGAUAGUUUGGAUGUUAAUCCUGAUCACUUCAUUGCUGAUGACACUGCAGAUAUUAAGAGAAAGCCAGGAGAUACCCAGCCUGAAGAAAUAAAAAUUCACGUACAGCAACAAGAAACUAAUAAAGAAAAUAGACGCUGGCCUGUGAAUGAGCAGCAUUUUGAUUCGAGACAUGUUCGAGCUGGAUUUCUUUGCUCUAAGAUGCCAAGAAAGGUUUGAAAUUAUGGAAUUGUUACCUGCUGAGUGUAUAGAACAUAUUUGCAUGUAAUCUUGCUCCAGGUUACUUUCAUUACACAUUACAGCUCUUUCUUGAUCAACUACGUCUAGCUCAGUUGCAAUAACCUCUGUAUAUGCUUAAACUUUAUAUUCUUUCUUCUACUCCCUCCCUUUGGAAAGGAAAAUGAAAUGCAAGAGCAAGUGGCUUCUGUUUGGUCUAAGUUAUGAAGGUUUGGGUUUGGCGUUUUGGGUGGAAGGCUAAACAGAGAAUUCUCUUCCCAUAAUGGCGAUUUUAUUAACCAACUGCAAAUAAGCUUUAAAAAUAGUUACGUUUUUAAAUCGCGUUUUUCAGUGAGCAGGAACGAUUUAACCGAUUUCUAUGAUUUUUGGCAGAGGGGAAGAGUGCUGACGGACUAUCUCCUAUCUGAAAGGGUAUUUUUACCCAAAGCUUUAUUGCAGGAAACUGAGUAAUCAGGAACCUACGGCGAAUACAAUUAGCACUACAAGACGCAAAACUUUAUGCUGGGUACGCGUUGAGACUAACGAACUUCUUUUCAUCAAACUUGCUUUGUAUUUGUUCCUCUCUUUUCGAAGCAAAUCUCUUAACAAAGCAAACAUAGCAUCUACGAAAAACUCUCAAGAGUUUUUAGCGUCGCAAGUUCCCAUUUUGAGGAAAAAUGAAGCCACCAACUCCAGUACUUUUAUAUCUUCCAUUUUUCAGCUGCAAUGAAAACCCUUGUAUUUGGUAAUUUAUUCAAGCUUUUAAUACAUCACAUUUGCACGGGAAAUUUGCCACUUAGGGAUAAAGAUAAAAAAAAAUAUGACAAUCGUCCUAUUCUUCUCAUCAUACCUAAAGGUAAACUGCCCGUGCGAAUGUGAUGGCAAGUCUAAAAACCCUGAAUGAAUUACCAAAUGCAAGUAUCAAGAUGCAAGACUGGUGUAUGGUCACGACUGACUUCAAACUUACAGAUGUAAAACUAGAGAGCUCUGAGGCUUAUUUGCUGAAGUUGGGGAAAAAUCCGUCGUAGGAUUUCGAAUUUAUUUACAUUCUUCGUAAAAAUGCGGCUUUAAAUGUAUGCCCCAUAUCUCAAACGUUUUUAUACCUACAAGAACAUAAAUGACAUUUUCUCUUAAGGAUACCAAAAACCGUAGAAAUCGGUUAAAUCGUUCCUGUUGAAAAAGGCGAUUCAGAAACAUAACCAGCACGCAUAUGAAUACAAGGGUGGGGUGGGCCGAGGGGCCCGCGGCCACUCCCUUUUUUGAUAUUUUGUGUUAUUUUUAUAGAAUUCUCAGGAAAAUAAAAAUUAUCUAUAUAGCUUGCAAGUGUCCCGGCCACCCCUUUCUGAAUUUUCUGGAUCCGCUCCUGAAAUAGGUUCGGGCCACCUUAAGUUGAACGACAAACACAACUGUACAAGCAAAAUGGAAAGUUUGGGCGCAUUCCUACCGUGCUGCUCCGUAGACAAGACUAGUAACAGAAAACUAUAACUGCAGACCUUCGUGUCACUUUCUUGUUUGAUCUCCGGCGUUUUUCUUCGUUUUUCUUCAGCAUAUAAGGCACAAUUCUUGGCAACUCCUAGUAAACAACGUAUUUCCUCUAAUACAUCAUUUUGUUGUUGCUGACUUGUGAUUUUCGAUGAUGUCUUUGAAGGUGGUUAAGGAAACCGUUGAAGAUGGAGAUGCUCAUUUACCUCGCGACCUUUUUGUUUUGGAACAAGUGUCGUUAGUAGUUCGCAGGCCAGCCAAUGUCGCACCUACUGCACCGAAGAGACCAGGAAAUACCACUUUGAAAAACUUCAAGAAAUUUGCAAAGGUCUGAUUAAACGCUGAUUUCUUUUGGUCCUUGAAUAUUUCAGUAAUGUAAUUUUCAUAUCAUCAUACAUACAUACACACAUGCAUACAUAUACUAUAUUUAACCUCGAAUGAGGAGUAGCUAAAGGUAAGCUUGUAUAUCGUCAAAUAUCUGCCACGGAGUCACUAGUGAGCAGGACUGAAUAAGUAUAAAGGAAAGUCGUUCAUUGAGUCGAAUCCAUUUCCGCCGUGUUUCUCUUGAAAGCCGGCACAAUUAUCUGCUUAUUUGCUGGGACCUUCAGAAGACGUAGUUUAAUUAACAUUCACUUAUCAGACUUAUGACUGAGCUUCCUCUUAACCUGUCUUAACGGAAAGCAAACCCGCGGCCGUAAACUAAAACCCCAUUUACACGUGCUAAAAAAAUCGCCACGGCACGCCAAAUUUUUGGCACCGACGAUUUUAAGGCAAGGCACUCCCAUUUUUCGACGUGUAAACGUAUCGGUCCCAAAUGUAGUUUGGCACCAGUGCUCAAAAUUUUAGGGGUGCCGAGACUACCUCCCGGAGGUAGUCUCGGAACGCGUAAACGAGGCACGGUGCCAAAAAUUUGGCGUGCCGUACCGAUUUUUUUAGCGCGUGUAAAUGGGGUUUUAUUUGUUCAGAAUAAUGUUUAAUUUACGACUUGACGAGACUGUUUGCCGCUUGGCCGUGAACACCGUUAACAUGAACUGGAUACCAUGCCCAGGGCUAGAAUUUGCCGGAUACUUGAUCAUCGAUUUAUCAACUUAUCGUGUGUGGCUCUCAGCGCUUCAGUCAUAGUAACGCAUAAAUAAGCUGCCGCUGUUUUAUGCUCAACUUGAUUAAUAUCGAGGAAACGAGAAACAAAUCAAUGAUAAAGAAACGCUGGGCGUUACAGUAGUCUAUUCUGUUUGCAGCAAGUUUAUCCAGGUUCCAGUAUUAGUCUUCCGCGCAUUAUUGGUGGCAGUGAUUUGGAAGUUUACCAGUCUUCUGAUAGGUUGGAGAGGGACGAGUGGUUCCUGGAAGCUAGAGAGGUAGAGUUAUACUUAACAUUUAACUUAGCACCUGAUUUGCUUGUGAUAAGUGACUAACAUUUCCAUUCUUGCUCAACACAGAAAAAAUAUGACUGUGUUGCAGUCCAAAAUCUUGUUCCGUAACUUGUGAUGCCCUUGAGAAAUGCAAUUGUUCUAUCGUACCAUAAACUGGCUUACGCGAUGAAAUAAAAAUUUCAAUACUUCUGACAACAGAAGAAAAGUUUUCGUUAUUGCACUUCAAUACUUGAAAUCGCUAGUGUAAAUUAAGCUAUUUGCACCUGAGGUUCAUGUUCAUGUUAAUUGGAUCUAGGCAGAGGCUAAGUACUGUAACAGUUUCCCCAACACUUGCAAUUAAUGAUUUUCGGGUUACCCAAGUCGCUACUGCUAAAUCUCUUGGAGUGAGUGACCAUCGAUGAUAAUCUCGAUCGGGGUAGCCAUAUGGAGAAGAUAAUAAAGAAAGUAUCUUCUGGCAUCGGGGCCAUAAAGCGAGUAUGCACCUUGUCCCCUAAGCGACCUUACAACUUACUUACCAAGCUCCUAUUCACCCUCACUUCAAUUAUUGCAAUAGUAUUUGGGGAAACUGGGGGAUAAUCUUAAGGAACAAACUUCAAAAACUACAAAAUAGAGCAGUCCGUGUUUUGACAUUUUCAGACUACGAUGAAGACGCUGGUUACCUGUUUGAACUCCUAUGAUGGAAAAAUCUAGCGCGCCAGCAUGAAAUUG